AUGGAACCGAGUGCCUCCGAGAAGGAGAAGGAAGAAGCAGAAGAGGAAAGGAAAAGACAGGAAGCCACAGCAGAAGAGGAAAGGAAGAAGCAGGAAGCAGCAGCAGAAGAAGGAAGGAAGAAGCAGGAAGCAGCAGCAGCAGAGGAGAGAAAGAAGCAGGAAGCCGCAGCAGAAGAAGAAAGGAAGAAGCAGGAAGCCGCAGCAGAAGAGGAAAGGAAGAAAAGGCAGGCAGCAGCAGCAGCAGAGGAAAAGGACAGGAAGAGACGAGAGGCAGCAGCAGCGGCAGAAGCAGAAAGGAAGAGACGAGAGGCAGCAGCAGCAGAAGCAGAGAGGAAGAAGCAAGAGGCAGCAACAAGAGAAGGAAAAGAAGAUGAAAAUGAAAGUUUGAGGAUUGAGAUGGCCCAGCUUCGUGAGUUGGUCAGAGGAAUGAAGGAACAGCAAGCCUCAGACAAAAGGAAGAUCAUCUCGCUUCAGGAAGAGCUCAAGAAGGCCACAGACAGUGAAGGAAGCACAGGAGAAGGAAAGAAGAAGGACAAGCCGAUUGGCCCACAGGAUCGAAGCCAAUUCAGAGUUGGAGGAAGUGAAGGAGCUCAGGAACUGUAUGCGAUCUUUCCUUACGAAGGAUCAGAUUUCCAGUGGAAAUGGGUGCAGGCCACAAAGGCAUGGCUCUACUACGACGUGAACCAGAACUUGUGGAUCAAGGACAGCGAAGAUGAAGAUGGAGGAACGACUUUCACCAGCUUCGAAGGGGUGGCGCUGGUCUUGGUGGGGCAGUGGCGCUACCGCCUCCGAAGCGUCCUGACGCUGCGCCGGCGAGUCGUCGAACCUCUACAGGCCACCGUCUUUGCCGCACUGAGCCGGUUCGAGCCCGAGAACAUCUCGGCCCAAGAUGCCCAAGCCGCGCUGCGGGAGGCUUUGGGGGUCGACCUAGCAGCCUUCGCCUUCCUCCGCGACCCGCCUGGGACAGGAGUGCUACAUGCCGAGCUGCAUCCUGAAGCGAUCGACCAUCAUCACACCUGCGGAGGAUGGCUCCUGGCACCGGCCGACGCCCGGCCUGAGUCGAUGUUUUACGGCUUCCCAGGACGGCCAUCGCGAAGGCACGUCCCUCCUGGCCAUGCGCAAGCUGGACAUGGCGCUCGACUUGGUGGAGCGAUUCGAAGCUCGGAGAGGGCACCCCUUCAGCUGGAUUGUCUACUGCCGGCUGGACAUCGUCUGGGUUCAGCCUCAUCCGCCCCUGAGCCUCCUGGAUGCCCACUUCGUGUGGAUGAUGCUGCCUGCGAGCGACUGGCAUGCGACCAUGCCCAGGCAUUUGGCUGCGGCAUACUUCCGCCGAUACAGGCUGCUGCGAGACAACACCGCGCCGGCUCUCUGGCACCAGGGGCCUCAGACCUUCGCCUACCACGCGCUCACGGCGCAAGGAGUGGCCACAGCGACCUUUGA